CGAUGCUGAGCGCUGCCUGUGCAGACAACAGACACGCGAGGUCAGGAAGAAGCCGCUUAUAAAUUACCGCGUCCUCCGCACCGCGGCCAGCGCCGAGCCCCGGAGCCCGGCCACCGCCGCCGCCGCCGCGCUCGGGUGGCCCAGUGUCCCGCGAUCGGGAACCUCGAGCCCAGAGACGCCCCGAGGGACAUCGCCGCGCACAGCCCGCCGAGGGGGCCGGGGACCGAGCCACCGGGCAGCGCUCCUGACCCCUGGAACCCGGCGCCGCCGAGCGCAGCGCGGAGGCCACCGCAGGUGCACAAUCAGAAUCACAGUCCCUUCUGAGGAGGCUCCGAAAUCCGAGCAGUAGCUGCAAUUAGGCUCCAUCUUAGAAAAGGCUGGAAGUCACCCGCUGUCACCGCGACACCAACAUCUGCUGACCCGACAGACUUAGAUAUGAGCUCCAUCUACCCAGAAAGUGAUCCGAUGGCCACCAAAGAGAAGUUGCAGUGUCUGAAGGACUUCCACAAGGAUAUCUUGAAGCCGUCUCCCGGGAAAAGCCCCGGCACCCGGCCCGAGGACGAGGCCGAGGGCAAGCCCCCGCAGCGGGAGAAGUGGGCCAGCAAGAUCGACUUUGUGCUGUCUGUCGCUGGUGGCUUCGUGGGCUUGGGCAACGUGUGGCGAUUCCCGUACCUCUGCUAUAAAAAUGGUGGAGGUGCAUUUCUAAUUCCGUAUUUCAUUUUCCUGUUUGGGAGUGGCCUGCCCGUGUUUUUCCUGGAGGUCAUCAUAGGCCAGUACACCUCGGAAGGGGGCAUCACCUGCUGGGAGAAGAUCUGCCCCCUGUUUUCCGGUAUCGGCUACGCGUCCGUCGUGAUCGUCUCCCUCCUCAACGUCUACUACAUCAUCAUCCUGGCCUGGGCCACCUACUACCUGUUCCACUCCUUCCAGAAGGACCUGCCCUGGGCCCACUGCAACCACAGCUGGAACACGCCCCACUGUCUGGAGGACACGCUGCGCAAGAACAAGAGCCUGUGGGUCACCAUCAGCACCCACAACUACACGUCCCCCGUCAUCGAGUUCUGGGAGCGCAACGUGCUGAGCUUGUCCUCGGGGAUCGACGAGCCGGGCACCCUCAAGUGGGACCUGGCGCUGUGCCUCCUGCUGGUGUGGCUGGUCUGUUUCUUCUGCAUCUGGAAGGGCGUCAGGUCCACGGGGAAGGUUGUCUACUUCACCGCGACCUUCCCCUUCGCCAUGCUAUUGGUGCUGCUGGUCCGCGGGCUGACCCUGCCCGGUGCCGGGGAGGGCAUCAAGUUCUACCUGUACCCUGACAUAACCCGCCUGGAGGAUCCGCAGGUGUGGAUCGACGCUGGGACCCAAAUCUUCUUCUCCUAUGCCAUCUGCCUGGGGGCGAUGACCUCCCUGGGGAGCUACAACAAGUACAAGUACAACUCGUACAGGGACUGUAUGCUGCUGGGAUGCCUGAACAGUGGUACCAGUUUUGUGUCUGGCUUCGCAAUUUUUUCCAUCCUGGGCUUCAUGGCACAAGAGCAAGGGGUGGACAUUGCUGAUGUGGCUGAGUCAGGUCCUGGCUUGGCCUUCAUUGCGUACCCCAAAGCUGUCACCAUGAUGCCGCUCCCCACCUUUUGGUCCAUUCUUUUCUUUAUUAUGCUUCUCUUGCUGGGACUGGAUAGUCAGUUUGUCGAAGUCGAAGGACAGAUCACGUCCUUGGUGGACCUCUACCCGUCCUUCCUAAGGAAGGGUUAUCGCCGGGAGAUCUUCAUCGCCAUCGUGUGUGGCAUCAGCUACCUGCUGGGGCUGACGAUGGUGACGGAGGGUGGCAUGUAUGUGUUUCAACUCUUUGACUACUAUGCAGCUAGUGGUGUAUGCCUUCUGUGGGUUGCAUUCUUUGAAUGUGUUGUUAUUGCCUGGAUAUUUGGUGGUGACAACUUUUAUGAUGGUAUUGAGGACAUGAUUGGCUAUCGGCCUGGGCCCUGGAUGAAGUACAGCUGGACUGUCAUCACCCCGGUUCUCUGUGUUGGAUGUUUUGUCUUUUCUCUCGCCAAGUACGUGCCCCUGACCUACAACAAAGUCUACGUGUACCCAAACUGGGCCAUCGGGUUUGGCUGGGGCCUGGCCCUGUCGUCCAUGAUGUGCAUCCCGUUGGUCAUCCUGAUUCGCCUCUGCCAGACGGAGGGGCCGUUCCUCGUGAGAGUCAAGUACCUCCUGACCCCGAGGGAACCCAACCGCUGGGCUGUGGAGUGUGAAGGGGCCGCUCCCUACAGCUCCCGCAUCACGCUGAACGGGACCCUCAUGAAACCGACUCACAUCAUCGUGGAGACCAUGAUGUGAGACCCCCCGGGGGCGACGGGGCGGCCGCUUUCCACCUGUUUACUAACAUUAGAUUCUCCUAGGACCAGGUUUACAGAGCUUUAUAUUUUGCACUAGGGAUCUCUUCCUCGUCCUCGUUGGUGUUUUGUGUCAAACGUGAACUCCGUGCGUGUGCGCGUGUGCACGUGUGCGUGAGCGUGUGUGUGUGUGUGUGUAUCGUGGGUGUGCGUAUUUUGUUCUGAUUUUGGGAUAUUUUGUACAAAAAAAAAAAAAAAAAUAGAAGAAACCCCCCUUUUUCCACUGAAUUAGGUCUGUUUCAGGGGAACUGGGUGAAAAGUUUUCUUUGUAGAUAUCUUUGUUUUUUUCUCUUUCUGGAACAUGUGACUCUUGACCAUGGGACACUUUGACCAUGUGAAUGACCCUUCUUGCCAGCAAUAGAGAUCGUUUUUUUGGGUUUUCUUUUCCAAAAGCAAUUUUUCGGUGCUUGGUCGAACCAGGAGAAAAUUCUGACCCCCCAAGGAAGACUAAAGUGUGGAGGACGAUUUUUCAGCCCUGAGCUGCGUCUUGAGGGUGUAGUAUCUUUCCGAACCUGGUUCAGGGGUUCGACAUCCGGAGCAGAGUGACUGGCCAGACCCCUCCCCGAGGAGCAGAAGAGACAGGGCCCAGAGGAGACCCUUCGUUACAUUUCUCUUAGCCAAGAGGAAACCUGCCAAAAUCUAUGAACCAGGCCCUCAAGUUAAAUAGACGGACGAGAGCUCAGAAAGGAGACUCUUGAAGCAGGAUUUGAAAAGUUAAAGAGCAAUAGAAACUGUAGCUCCGGGUUUAAAAAAAAAAAAAAAAGAAAUCCCAUCUUUUAUUUUGAGAUCGAGGGUGGAUAAUCGGUAGGACUGUCCGAGUCCAGGGUCCAAGCAGGAGCUGUGAGAGAUGGCAGAGCCCUUGAAAGAGGUGGGUGAUGGGCCACCCACGAUCCUUUCUGGAACAUUCCGGGCAAAGACCCCACGCUGGCUCGAGAGCAUCCGGGGUCUGGCGGAUGGGUCUGUUGCAUUUGAAGGGGGUCACAGCAGGAUCUGGGUGUCCCCUGAGGAUGAGGGGAGGCAGAUGGACCAAAGCACUGGGCCCUGCGUGUUCUCAGGGGCCUGGAGUUGGGGAGCGGGGAUUUCCUCCCCUCGUCUCUCCACCCCCAACUGGGACCUGCCUGUCAAGCUCUCUCUAAAGUGUCACCUAGGGCCACCUCAGCUCCUAGCCCCCAAAUGCCCAGAGUGGCCUCAGGGGUGGGGAUGGAGGUGCCCGGCACCCCCCAAAUCCUCCUGAGUGCCGGCCCAAGGAGGGUCUGGCAGGUUGGGGUCGUCCAGGGACCCGGGGGAGGGGGGGCUGGCACCCCCAAGACCUGGUGUCAUCGUGAGUGACACCCAGAGCCAGGUUCGCCCCUGAACCAGGGAGGAAGGUGCUACACCCUUCAGAGGUCCACCCCGUGCCCCCUCUGGACCUGAACGGGGCCGUCCUCGUCACCGUGGUCACUCUCAGCCACACCCCAAUGUGACCGCAGGCACCCAGGCGGGGACUGUCCCCGAGGCUGGCCCCUGGAAACCUCCUGCCGCCCCAAUUUGGGAUUUUUACUGAGGGGGGGAGACUCCCCUGUCCCCCUCCUGCCCCUCUGGUCUUGGACAAGUGGCCUAUUUAGGGACACUCUGCCAAACGUCCCCGGAUCCCAUUCCAAGCCACCCGUGCUGGUCCCUUGCCCCUGUUUUUCCGUGUCUCUGUGGUCCCCGUGGUGUGGGGCCUGUGUCCUUGUCCUGCUGAUGUUACCCAGUUGCCGUGUGACCCCCCCGUUUUCCUGUCGUCUUCUGGAACUUUCUAGAAAACUCACCUUGUGUCCCUCUGGGAAGGCAGGGUCCCCUCCCCCCCCCCCGGGGAGCAGGACCCUGAGAAGCUGCGGCCACCUGAGACUUCGGGGUCCUCUCGGUCCCCCUUUCCCCUCCCACCACGAGCUCGUGCCCUGGGGAAAGGACGUCCCCGUUAACGUGGUGACACUCUGGAGGUGGCCCGCAGACCCAAAUUCUAGACCAAAGACGCACCCAGAAGCCGGGUCCCCGUCUCCGACUGCUGCUCCUGGGGCCCCGGGCCUCUGCCUUCCCCGUGUCCCCUCCUGGCCACAGCGUUGGUCUGUGUCCCCCGUGACGACGGCUGUCUUUCCCGUCUCUCUCUGUAGAAGUGAAAUUUGUCCCUUAGAGCUCACCACUGGUCCCCGUCUUGGGACAGGCGGGUCCAACCUUCCUCCCGCCACCUGCCUGGGGCAGGUCAGAGAUCUGGUGUCACCUAGAUCUAGUGUCACCCGGUGCCCAGGCUGCCCCAUCUGGACAGGAAGCCACCAAGGCACAGACAAGUGGGUGGGGGGGUCCCCAAGAUGAAUGUCCCACCCCCCCUCCCCGGGGAGCUGCCUCAUGGAUCGGAGACCCUGGGACUGACCCCAAGGCUCUCCAGGGUCCCCUGUGCAGUGACCUCGGUGUCCCUGGGGAAACCUGGUCCCCGAGUCACGAGGAUCAGGCGGCGGCCGGCGAGUGUGACCAGAGCCGGGUCCCCAUCCCUCCCCAAGGUUCUCCCUGGCGACCAAAGACGCGUUGGUGACAGAGGAAGCAGAUGUCCUGGUUCAGGGACAGGGCGAGAAGCAUCCCCAGCACCUCAGACCCUCCCCCGGGGCCCUCUUGGUCCCCAGCUGGCGAGAUGGGAGGUGGCCUCGGGCAGGACAGGCCAUCUGUCCCCCCUGACCCUGCCCAGGGACCUCCUUCCCCGCAGGUCACCCCUGGGAGAGGGACCUGAGAGUCCUCUGUGCACAGGAGCAAGCCAAGGCCCGGGCUGGCCAGUCGGCUCCCCCCUAAAAGAAAUUAGGAUUUAAUGACAACUUCCAGGGCUCCAAACGGAGCCCCGGGGUAGGUGGCACUCCCUGGUCCCCGCCCAGCACCCCAAAGAUGGUGGCCCAGCACCAAGAGCCCCCCUGGGCGGUCCCCUGAGCACCUCCAAGAGCCCCUUUGAUAAAGCCAUGGCUCUGGGUGGUGGCACCAGGCUGGGAGCAGAGAGUCCCCAACUUCUCCCGAGACUCAGCCAGGAGGGGACCCAAGGGACAAUCCUAGAGGGUCCUUCAAAGCCUCAGACGCAGGCGGUCCCCCCCCCCCCCCCCGACAGAUUCAGGGCCAAACCGAAAACCCAGGAGCCACCAAGUUGGAGAACAAUCCAGAGUCCCCGAGUCCCAGGGCCACCUCCCCCUGCCCGCCCGUGACCCCCACAGGAAGCUCUUUCCCACCCCCCGAUGGUCCCCUGAGUGUCCCCUCUUGACCUGUUGUGACUUCCUGGAGGAGGAGGAGGGAGUCUCUUGUGGGACAUUUGGCUUCCCAUCGAGAUGGUGGCUGCAUUUUAAUUUUUUUGUCCCUUGAUUUCCCCCAAGUCAUGGUCCCCAACCUUCCCCUCCCCCUCCCCGCCCCCUCCCCCUCACGCACCCCCAAGACUCUCUCUAUUUAGCACAAAGCAAAAGCUGAUAAACGUGGGGUUCGCCUCCUUCCAGAAAAAAAAAUGUCCUGGCUCAUCGGGACUUUUUUAAAAAAUAAAAAUUUUAAAAAAAAAUUUUAAAAAAAGAUAAAAUUAAAAAAAAAAACCUUCAAACUAUUUUUAAGCUAUUUUAAACUUUUGUAAAAAAAAAAAAUACGACUAAAAAAAAAACCCACAAAGAUCUAUGAAAUCCAUCCACGGGAGACUCUUCGGAGGAGGAAAUAUUUGUAUUUGAACAAAAUCCUUGGUGUGUCCCCCUCCCCGUCCCCUGUCCCCGCAGAAUACGAGCUUCUGUGUGUCCAUGUUUGAUGAUGGAGGGUCCCUGGGAUCCGCGGGGCUCAUGUGCGUGUGUGCGUGUGUGUGUUCAUUUCUUCUUUGGCUUUUUAGAUAAAUAUGUAUAUCGAUAUUUUAAAUCCAUCUUUGGCUUUUUCUGUUUUGUAGAGGAGUUUGUAAUCACCUUAUAACACGACAAUAAACAUUUCCUUUUUGAAAGCC